GACAGCCCCCGAAAAGUCUUGCAGGAGGCUGUAUGCAUGUGAGAAUCCGCACGUAGCAUUGAGACAGACCUCCAAAAAUCCAGCCCUUUACCAGCAGAUGGCCAGGAGCGCUGCACUGAAACAUCACAGAUAAGACGAUCCUCCAGAUACACGCCGUGCUCAUCUUCUCCCCGAACCGAGUGUCCGGCUUCAGAAGACCCGAGGACCGGGGACAUUUUUCCGCUUCAGGAUGCUGUCGUUCAGGUAACUAUUGACUUCUUUCCUGGACUAUUAAUAAAAAAAAAACAACCAGCCUUUUCUGUCUGUCCGGUUAUCCCUCAUAGCACCAUUUUAACGUAAAUGGCAUUUUAGGGGGUGUUAUGUUUGUAUUUGCUACCGUUACACAUUGGAAACUUUGGCUUAACUAACAUUCCAGAGUCCCGGUACAGUUUUAUACACAACGUUAGCUACCAUAGCUAGCCAAACACUAGCUAACCCAAACUUUGAUUUAUGUGGUAGUUCUCAGCAGCAGAAACGAAAUUCACUCUAUAAAACUAAUAAAGAGACAGUGUAUCGUGCAAUUUUCACUCGGCUUAAGAUGCGAAGACUGAGCCCGGGCCACCAAAUCGGAGUUUUUUUGUGUGAAACUCGUCUGUUUAGUCUGUGGUGACAUUCCAGUGCAAAGCAGCGUGGGAUGCUGCUGCUGCUCCUCCAUAGUACGUUUUCUCAAUAAAAUCCUAAAAUACACGACAGGAUAUGUGUAGAAUGGUGAACUCUUUAGUUAGUGAGUGAUGGUUAUCAGACUAUACAGUGGAAAAAAGCUAAUGUUGAUAGACGCUUAAAUUUCCCAAUUAUGUCUCGUUGGAUAAUUAUUGACUGAACUUACAGUGGGCUAAAAGUACGACCACCCCUCCAGAAAUUAACCCCUGGGUCAGAAAUAAACAGGGGUGCUCGACAGUUCAUUGUAGGUAAAAUCAGUUCAGACACCAUGGGGUACUGUCUGUCUGUGUAGUCUUUAAUACGAGCUUCCCUGGCUGGCGGGGAGGGGCGAAGACGUGGCAGUCCUCUUCCAUCCACAUCCUGUUAUGUGACUCCUCUGCUGCGCGAUGAAGCUUCUGGAAUAACUUGUACACUUAAAUGUUUCUACAAUCGGGCUAAAACAGAAGUGAGAGUAGUGGGAAUGCAAAAAUUGUGCUGAGUAUCAUUGUUUACUGAAAAUCCUCACUUGUGUCACUUGAUUCUAAUCUAAAAGUGAGUUUUCUUCAGGCCUUUCUCAUUUUUGAAUAAAAAUUAGUAAGCACUCCCUGUCUUGCCGGUUCUUGUUUUGGUUUUUGCAUGUAUUCUCUUCCACAUUAAAGUUCCACUAGGAGAGUUGUUGCUUUAGUCUCGUUCUUACUUAUGCAUAUGAAGAAAGGCAGAAGUAAUGGGAAAAUGUAACAUCAUCGAGAUUUAUCUUGGCUAAAAUGUGCGCUUUGAUUCAUUUGUUGUUGUUGUUGUUGUUGCUGUUUUUAUCAUAGUUGACCUGUGGCUGUUAAAAAAAUCCAAUCUUUUUGAAAGCAGUGAAAUGUAUAGGCCUAUAGGUCAGAAAAUAAUGGAAAAUUUCCUCCAAAAAAGUCUCCUAAAAUCUGUUCAAACCGAGUGCAUCUCAUGUGUCUGGUAGGUAGUUUUUUUCAAUGAGUCACGAGGAAUGAUUCACGUCUCAUUCAUGUAUGAACAGUAUAUGCACAAACACUCUCACUACUGCUGAAAUUUAAUGUGUGUGGCAUACAAUAUUUAUCUAAAUUAUAACUGUCACACUUUCAGCUUUAAUCUUGGCAUUUCAAUUCGACAACAUUAUAAUAACGAGGCUCAAUAGCUACCACCCCGUCAUUACAGUAAUCACAAAGUACUAAGUUGUGUUCAGGAAAAGUGGCAGAGUUAUAUUCAUGGUAUCAAGGACAAAGUACUAACCCAGAUUCUGGGAAUAUUUACAACAGUAGCAGGGACAGAAUAAUGAUAAUUUGCACUUUUCUUUGCAUGUUUUUCUAAAUGAAAGUCGGUUUUGACUCAAAUGCAAACAAAAUUUGCUGUAAUUUAAUGGGCCUCUGAAAGAUUGAUUUCCCUUCUCUCCAGUGCCUGCUGCUGAACUGAAAUGCCUUGUAAAAUUGCUGUUUUGGAAGAUUGCCUUGGUGGCAGGGUCAGAACCUGCCUGAGCCUGCUGUCGGCCUGCAGCAGGAAGAACGACUAAUCUCUUACUAUGAACCUUUUCGUGCAUGACCUUUACUUUUCCACUAGAAGUAUGUCAGUGCAGUGCAAGUGCAUGGAUAGCAUGCCUGAAACACUUUGUAAUUGGUUUGUUGUGCAGUUGAAUGGGCCCUGCUGCUGUGCCAGAGUCAGAUUUUUACAUAGAAGAAAAAAAUUGUUUUACCUCUGUAGAUGUUGAUCUGCUCUUUUAUUUUCACUCAAAGGUAGAAGGUUAAAUUUUGUUUACUAUAUAACAGCUGAAUUAAGGAUGUAGAAGCACCAUAGCCAAGGAAGGGCACCAGCUGCUACUGAUUUUAUUAUCAACUAAUUGCAAAAAUAAUUUUAAUAUUACAAAUUAUUUUUUUCCUUAGAUGUCCCAAACUGUGAAAAAUUUUGCCAAAAAAUGUAUUUAUUUUUUAUUUGAAAACUUGAAUCCAACAAACAGUGGUCUAAGCUUAAUAGAUUAAGGAUUAUCAGCAUUAUUGGUGAAAAUUCUUCAUUAUUCAAAUCAAUUGACUCAUUAAAACUCGCGCCAAAGGUGAUUCUUUCUCAGAAAGAUACCCAACUGAAGAGGAGUAGUGCGAGGAUUAGUCAUGAAGUGACCUGAUUGUGGGUUCCUUUAUCUUUGUUAUGUCUGACCCAUGGGAACCUUAAAAAAUUUCAAGCUUCACAAAAUGAGCCGUACUUGGCUCAUUUUUUAUAAAGUGACCCAAAUUCCUUGACCCAUUAACACAGCCAAAGGCCAGGGUUUGUGCAUCUCUGCUGUUUUAGUUCUACUUGGAUAUCAUGAAUCCAAAAAUCUAAACUCAGCUUCAGCAUUUUUAUUAUGAUCUUGGGAGAUUUUUAUGUGGACAUAAUUUUUUUCCACCUCUUUCCUACUUAUAUAUUUCUAUGGGCAGUAGAAACAUUUUAACACGUGUCACAAAUGCUGAGUUAUAGGCACAGUAUAUGUUCAGUCCCAUGAGUUUUUCAGUUCUUUAACAGGAUUUAAUAUGUGUUGAUUGUGGACUUCCUAAAGCUGGAAUCCAAGCAUCAUCUGAGUUACUGUAUCUCUUGUUAUUCCGGUCCUUGUAGAUCCAAGUCACCUGUUUUGAUUUCAGUUCAGACUGGUUCUGCUGCUGUUCAUUUUAAACUACCCUACCUGCGAGGAAAAUCUCAAGUUAGAGUCCACACACUUACAAUCACACCUUUCUUUGUGUUUCCUUUUUUUUUUUUUACUCUUUGUUUUUUCAUGUAAUUUCUGACUGUCUGGGGAAAAUGAUUAUAGUGCCACUCCUCACGCAUGACUGUGCCAACUCCAAAGCUAGACCGGACACAGCAGCAGCCACCACAGACUAAAAUAUGGCUUUGUGUGGUGGCUGAAAGGCCACACUUCUAAAAGAAUUAGCACACUUUUGGAGUUUUUAGGUCAAAGCUUUUCUAACUUCUAUGUUUAGGAAACUGCGACUGCCUUUUUUCACAAAUAAUGCCCCAGUUACUCCAGACAGUCCAUAGACAUGGCUCACAUGGCUUUUAUUCAGAGCAGAUUUCCCUCAAUCUACCAGCAAUAUGUCUGUGGAUUAUCUUCUGUUUUAUAUUGUGUAAAAGCAGCACAAGACAGAGUGCAGGCAACAAUUUGAUCAUUUGUAGUAGAUUCAGGAUGACGGGGAAGCAGCACUCUGAAUAAGUAGUUAAAGCUGGAAUGUUUGAUGUGGCUCUCUGAGAGGGAGCUCAAGUAAUCCAGACAGUAGGUGACUCAAACAUCUGUCCUUUCAAGGGAUGUUAGCAUAUGGCAGCCUUUUAUAUCAAGUUGCAGCUCCACUGUGAGUCUGACAUAAGAGCCAGUUUUUCUGUCUCAUUAAAUUCUCAAGUGAUCUUAAGAAGAAUAUACCUAAUAAUAUCACUCUUUUCUUCAGGAUGGGGCUACCGUGUUGGUGUUUGUUACUGCUGAGCUGCCUACAGACGAUUUCUGCCCACAAUGACUUCUUCACCUCCAUUGGUAAAAAAAAAGGAACAUUUUAUAUACUUCUGUGGACCCUUCGAUGAUCUGAUCCCAAAGUAUUAAUGCUGAAAUACAUCUGUUCCCUUUUCAGGUCAGAUGACGGAUCUGCUGUACACAGAAAAAGACCUGGUCACCUCCCUGAAGGACUACAUCAAAGCAGAGGAGAACAAGCUUGAGCAGGUCAAAAAGUGAGUUUACAGGCACGGAGACUACACAGUUCUGUGCAAUUUUGACGGCGUAAACAGUAGGGUCAAAGUAAGAUAUACAGGACUGCCCUCAAAAAUUAUGGAAGACCAUAAAUCCUUCUAGUAAAAGCGAAAGUUUAAAAGUAUGUUUUACAAUCUUUUUUUCUAGGUGGGCUGACAAAUUAGACUCAUUGUCAGCCACAGCCACUCAGGAUCCUGAGGGCUUCCUGGGGCACCCUGUCAAUGCCUUCAAACUAAUGAAGAGGCUGAACACGGAGUGGGGGGACCUGGAGAGUCUUGUACUCAGCGACACCACUGAUGGUAUGGAUGAUAAAGUCUUUCCGUAAUAUUUUUUUUGCUCAUGCUCAAUAUUGUGAUAUCAUCUAUCAGCACACGAUCUAUAGAGCUUAAAAUGCAUUUUUUUGGUCUCAAGGAUUUUACGCUUGCUCAUAUGUGUCAUCAUUGUAGGGCUCAUGUUACCUGACACUACCAAUGAAGUGCCUCUUUCAGCAACCUUUACAUAAUUGAAGUAGCGUUCUGACUCGAAACAAAUUGUUAACUUCUCUGUUAUAAGACCCAACAAAACCAUUUACAGUACAAUUUUCCAUCCAUCUGUUUUAGGAUUCAUUUCCAACCUGACCAUCCAGAGACAGUACUUCCCCACAGAUGAGGACCAGACUGGGGCUGCAAAAGCUCUUCUUCGGUUACAGGACACCUAUAGACUGGAUGCCAACACUAUUUCAACUGGAAACUUACCAGGUUAGCAUCUAAAAGUUCCUCAUACAUACUAGAAACCCCUAGUUAAUUGCAAACCAAGAAAGAAUAGAAGUUGUAGUUUCCAUUGUUAUAUUUCAAUGACAAAAGAUAGAUUCGGUAUAUAUUCAAAUUCCUCCUCCUGUGUCCCCGUCCCACCAGGAGUGAAACACAAGAGUCAUAUGACCGUGGAGGACUGUUACGAGCUGGGCAAAAUUGCCUACUCUGAGGUUGAUUACUACCACACGGAGCUGUGGAUGGCCCAGGCUAUGAAGCAGCUCGAUGAGGGAGAGGAGUCAACGAUAGACAAGGUGACCGUGCUCGACUACCUCAGCUACUCCAUCUACCAGCAGGGGGAAAUAGAGCGGGCUCUGGAAUACACCAAGAAGCUGCUUGAGCUGGGUGAGUCUCUGCACACUAUGAAGGACUUCAAUGUGAGAUCAAGUGUGAAGUGAUGUUGAGGGUUUGGACUCAAAACUGGCCCUUUUUUCUAUUUUUGGACUGUUUUUAUAAAACCUGACACUUAGAAGUCUGACUAUGUAAGUCCCCAAUGAAAAAUGUAGGACACAGUGUAGUUAAGAAGGAAAAGUACAAAAGGAUCAUUUUCACAUCUAUCUAGGUUACUAGAUUUCAGACAAAAGCGAACAUUCCUUGUAGGCAGCAUUUCUAAAGCACACAAAGGAUGAACUGUCUGAUCUAUUGCGUUAUUGUGUUUGAACCUAAGAUCCAUGUCUUCACAUGUCUCAUGCUCAGGUGUGUUAUUCUACCUCUUACAGUCAGGUAUUAGCCUGAUUUCAGUCUCAGUGGUGUAUUUGUUACAACAGUGUCAUUGAUAAGAACAAUGUAGACAUUCAGAGAUGUAGAAAUGACUAUGUAGGAGCCAAAAUGUAUUUAUUUCAAGUUUUAUUUUUGUAGGCAUGUCACUUCUGGGAUCGUCAUUGAGGGGUGUGGGUUUGGGAUGUUUGGCGGGUUAUUUAAAACUCACAGGUGCAGUCAGACAAUGGGUUUGAUAAGCACUGAUAAGACUACAGACUGAUUCUAAAUGUUUGCUGUACAGGCUGUUGGGCCAUUUUUCACCUUACUUCACUGAUAUUGGGGAUUGAAUUGAUUUGUCCUGUUAACAUAUUUUUUAUAGGACAAUAUAAUGCAAUAUAAUACAAUGGGUCAUCAUCGUCUUCUGUGUGAAAUUUGUCUUAGACUCACUCCAGAGCUGUAGAUGUUUGGCUGACCCUAUUAAAGCUCUUAACAACACAAUUAAAGGAAUAAACAACAAUCCAUUUUUGAACAAGAAAAAUUCACACCAGUGAAAUUUAUUAACAUGCUGUUGCAGAGUUGCUCAUGUUCAGGAGAAAGGGUAUCAUGAGUGAGUGAAAGAGAUUGUGGGAAGACAAUGUUAAGAACACAGUCGUGCUGUUUAACAGCUGACAUUUUCUCACAGACAAUAUUCAAAUAUCUGUUCAAUGUAGGCACGGAUGAGGUUUUUUAAUUGUUAGUUUGCACCGUGGGACUUUGCAUUGUCUGCCAGACGGCUUGAGCUCAUCCUUAAAGAUGAGGGUGUGAGAUGGGUCUGACGAUUCUGUGAAAAACAUUCUCCCCAUUGAUCGAUCAAAAGGGGAGGUUUCCAGGAAAACAGAGUAUAAUAACAUGUUCCUGAUUCAGUUAUUUGGUAGCUGAUACUCUUUGUCGACAGUACUGCAGCUGUUACUGUUAGUAAUCAGCGCUAUUAUUUCUGUUGGCUUCUUAUUCCUUGUUUUCAGAUCCCGAGCACCAGCGAGCCAAGGGCAACGUGAAGUACUUUGAAUUCCAGCUGGAAAAGCAGAAAAAAGCUGCAGAGGAAGCAGCGACAAAACAGAAAGAGCGAGGCAAAAGAGAAACAACUGAAAAGAAAGAGAAGCCGAAAAAGAAGGUCCCCAACAGCCUGAUCCCGGAGAGGAAGAAGUAUGAGAUGCUCUGUCGUGGGGAGGGCAUCAAACUGGUGAGAAAGAUAAAGAGAGAAGCAUGAUUUUUAAUGUCAUAAAUUUAUAUCCCUUUUGAUAUUUUGCUUUUCUUUACCCUUAAUUAGACUCCCCGCAGGCAGAGCCGACUAUUCUGCCGUUACCAUGACAACAACCGCAACCCCAAGUACGUGCUAUCACCUGUCAAACAGCAAGAUGAAUGGGACCGCCCUUAUAUUGUCCGCUACCUUGACAUCAUCUCUGACAAGGAAAUCGAGAGGAUCAAGCAGCUGGCAAAACCACGAGUGAGUGACCCUCAGUCAUCCAUGAUGCAUGUUAAAAGUCAUAUUGGUAACUUUACAGUUCAAGCCUGCACAUUCUCUGCUAUGUGGUUCAGUGUAUUGGGUGGCCUGCGGUUGAAACUGUGAGGCUGGUUGAGCUAGUUUUGCAAACACAUAGACACACACACACAUCACUGUAUGUGUGUAUGGCUGUGUGUGGGUAAAUCGUGUCCCUGGCUUCACAGCUACGCAGGGCCACAAUCUCCAACCCCAUCACUGGAGUGCUGGAGACAGCUUCAUAUCGGAUCAGCAAAAGGUAAGGCAUAGGCAGGCGCCGUCAAGAAGAGUGGUCAAAGAGGGGAGACAGUGAGAUUUCCCCCCUCUUUUUCCCCUCAAUGACUCAUCCCAUUCCUCCUCUCAAGUCCCGCUUGUCUGCAUCAAUCUUCUCAACCCUGGCAAAGACUAAAGGCUCCUGAGCUGAAGCACAAAAAUUUGUAGGCCAUUAUUGGUUGGUGAAACAUGUAACUUGCAAGCGUAUUAUCUCAUGGACACAGGAAUUGAAGAAAAAUGGAGGGAUUUUUGGUUUCUAAAAGUUUACUUUGUGGAUAUGUUUCGGCUCAGAACUCUGCUUAAGAAAGGUAACACAAGAGGACGAUAAAGAGGUGUUGCUUUUCUACCGGUUAUUAACAUAGUAGCAUUGCGAGAGCCAGGAAGUGUUUCAGAGGCACAUGGGAAUUCCCAGCAUGCCAAUAUUUAAAAUUUUGAAAAUGAGUUAUUAGAAGUGCCUCUUGAAACACUCCUUUGGCCCUUUUUGAUAAUAUCAUUGACAGCUAGUGACCGUAUCUGCCUCUCUUUCUCUCCCUCUUUCCUUCCUUUGCUUUCCACACACCCUCGUGUGUCACAUUCCACCCUGUUUUUUUUUUUGUAAAUCUUCUUGUCCUCAUCUUCGGUGUCCCUCUGCUGCGGAAAACUACUGUAGUUAAGGCGAGCCACGGUGCAUGACCCCCAAACUGGGAAACUUACAACGGCCCAAUACAGAGUCUCCAAGAGGUAAGGGGUCACAGGUUACCAGGAGGGCCAUGAUGUCCUCUCCCUGUAGUCUUAAUCCAUCGCUUCAGCUUUAUCUCUGUAUCCCUCUAACUUGUUAACAACAAAGAAAAGAUGAAAAUAUUUAUCUACACUUGAAAAACCAACACAUGGGGAGGUUCUAAUUUAUCUGAGGUACAAACUCAAACAGAUAUGAAACUGAGUUAAACUGAAUUCAGCUAUCCUGUGUUGUUAUGAGUUUUCGGUGUAGUUGAAUAUUGUUUAUUCUUUCAGUUUAAUCCACAGUUAAGCCAUUUUCAUGGAAUGCACAGCUGUGGCAAGCUGUGUUCUUUCCCCAGCCACUUACUCCGGGUUACCUGAGAUCAAGAACACUGAAUCUGUAUUCCCCUAUUGCGCUUUCCAGGGAUUAAUCCGUACAGCGAUCUUGUAUGAGUCAUUACUGCUGCUGCAGUCCUUCUUUGCCUCUUUGACUUCCAAAACCAGCAUGAGAGAGAGAAAAAAAGCCUGAGUGUUCUUGCUUAAAAUCACUCAAACUUUGAAGCUUCUUUGUCUAAAACAUCCCAUAUUUGAAUGCAAUGACUGGCUUACUUGGAUGGAUACAUUGUUAAUUGUAAGUUGACUCUCAACCAGAAUUAAAAAUAGCAGAAAUCCCAAAAACACCACAUUUCUUUGGUUGAACUGUAGGUGCUAAUUAAUGCUUGGAUGAGUGUGCAUGUCCGUGCAAGGGUGGGGUGUGCCCUUUGAUGUUUUUGUGUGUACGUGUGAGCCAGCAUGUAUUCCCACUUUUAGGGGACAUUAUUUGAAGGUUGAACAUACGCAACAGUUCUUAUUAGACAAAUCUGAACUCUUUCUGAACCGGCUUGAAGACACAACGAAAGAAUUUGUUGGCUCGUAAGACUUUGCAAAAAGCACAACUUAUCGCACACUGUCUCUCUCAAACACACAUCACAAAUUAGAUCUGCAGAAAAUCUUAGAAACACUUCCAUGAGACAGUGGAGGAGGAAGUAUUCCCCAAGGUAUUGUGAAAGAAGAAAUCUCAUAUAUUUGAGACAGUGCUGAAAAUAAUUCCUUCUGUCCUGUUUGUUAGGGACUUAAUUAAAACUGUGUCUUCAAUUUUUACUAUCCUUGACAGUUUUUAAUGUGGAUAUCGUGGCAUAUUAUGACAUCAACCAGACUACAUGCCAAUUCAGACACUGAUGUGGCCAGCAGAGCUCCAGCUGUGACAUGUUUUAACAGUCCACAAGAAAGAGUUGCUAGGGCUUGGCCAGCAGCUGUAUUUUUAGAGGCCGUCUCUUAGACUAGGUCGUUGGAAUAAGUAUGAAAGGCAGGCAGUGUGAGGACUGUUAAAUCCAGGAAAAUAUUUUGCUGUAGUCCUCAGCCUGACCCUUGUGCAAAAUGUUCCUGUUCUAAUUCGCUCAUAUACGUAGUUCAAAACUUGAACAACCCUGUACUCUGAGCUGAUUGGAGGUUCUGAAUCUUGGGCCAGUUUUCUCAUCCUUUAAAGUUUCCACACCUGAACUUCCUGUCUCCUUAUUUUCCAAAUGUGAGGCCAAACUUCUCUUUCAUUCUGAGCUUCUAAUGGCAAGCUUCCUGCAUGACAUGGCUCUCUGUUGCCUGCUUCAGAAAUCAAACCUUUACUGCCAUCUUGUGGACAAAAGUGUGUCUGACAGCCAUACUCUAUACUAUGUUCUUUUUCUUAAUUACUCUGUUCCUCCUCUCAUAUUCCAGUGCUUGGCUCACUGGCUAUGAAGAUCCAAUGAUUGAAACAAUCAACCAGAGAAUUGAGGAUCUCACAGGGCUGGAAAUGGACACAGCUGAGGAGCUGCAGGUAAAGACGAGUUAGCUAAGUGGCUAAAAGUUAUUAACAUUAAAUUCAAUCUCUCUUUUUAUUUUUAGUUAGCAUGUUCAAACAGUAUGGUGUGAUAUACUCCAAUAUCCUUUUCCCUCUGGAAGCAUCUGUUUGUGUGUGUGCUGGUCAGUCUUUUUCGAUUGUCAGAUAAAUUGUUUAAAUCUCUUUAGGUUGCAAAUUAUGGAGUCGGAGGUCAGUACGAGCCUCACUUUGACUUUGGAAGGGUAAGUCCUUUUAUCAUUUAUACAUUUAAGUUCUUCCAAUGUAUGUUUUUAUUAAUAUGACAGUUACUGAAGCUGAUGUGGACUCUCUCUCUGCAGAAAGAUGAGCCAGAUGCCUUUAAAGAGCUGGGCACUGGGAACCGCAUAGCUACAUGGCUCUUCUAUGUGAGUAAACUCUUUCCAAAUAAACCUGCAAACAAAAUGUGUGAACUUGAGUCAUAUAAACUCUGGUUAAAUAAUAUUUCAGUGCCAUCAGAAAUGGAUGUAAUGUGGAUGGGAUUUUUCAAAUAUGUCAGUAUGAACCAUCUUUUCUAAAAUGAUGGAGGUAUAAAACAAGGCGUUGUGGGUUUGGAAUUGGUCAGUCUUUUUAUGAAGGUAUGAGUCAAAUUCAACAAGCUGAAAGAGAAAAUAUCAAGUUGUCAUUAAGUGAUUUUCAAGCUCAAAUGUGCCCAGAAAAGCUGAAAAAUUGUUCAAGAACAACAAUCAAACCCUGGCUCUUUUAGAUAAAACAGGCAAAUAUAUACAGUGUUCAUGAUUUUGAGCAGUGCAUGCUUCUUCUUACUUUUACCUGAUAUAAAUGAGGCAAUAAGCAGGCAGGGGAAUGAGCUUCAUCACCCUGUACAAUGUGAAGUGAAGUUCAGUCCCUGUGAUUAAGAGAGCUGCUUAUGAUCUGAGCAGCCAAUAAAUUAGGCAAAUGAAGCUCUCCAGAAAUUUCCUCCUGUGGUUUUGCUAGUGAGACACAUAUCAUGGACCAGCUAUCAUUUAUGAUUCUGGGUUUUUGUUUUUAUCAAUGUGCUACAGUCUCUGCUGAAGUAGAACCCACUUUUCUGAUGCCAGAGGGAGGAUGAUUUGAGAUACAACCUCAGAUCAUUUCAGUAGACAGGACUGUGAAAUACCUCUGAAGUAUAAUAUUAACCAGCUGAGUUCUUCAAUGUGUCACAAACUUGAACUCAGAAGUAUGACUAAAUAACUUGAUGUGGCAGCCAAGGACUAAUCUCUCUUUGCUUCUCUGUCUGUGCAUUAGAUGAGUGAUGUAGCAGCUGGUGGAGCCACAGUUUUCCCAGAUGUUGGUGCUGCAGUGUGGCCCCAAAAGGUGACUGCUCUUCUUUUCACUUUUGUUACAAAAUAUUCAUGUUGACUGUGAAGCUGUGUUCAAAUUGGUUUAACUGUAGCUAUCCAGAGAUAUCCUUGUUUUUGUUGGUAUUAUUUUUAGGAACAAUAUAAAGGGAAAAUAUGUAGAACAGAAAACUGUGUUUUGUGAUUUUUUUUUUUGAAGAACAGUCCCAGUUAUUUUGCUCUAACAGUGAACAAUAAAACAAUCCACCAGAGAGAAAUAUUUUUUAUGUUAAGAAGGACUAUCUUCUAAAAGUAAUUCCUAAUUUGUUCAGUCUGGUCACAGAAAGGACAUUUUCUUAAGGCAUUACAAACUUACAUUGACAAACUCAAAACCCUGGAGGGUUCACAGUAGAGCUAACGUCUGUUUUCUUUUACGUGUGUGCUCUAGGGCACUGCAGUGUUCUGGUACAAUCUGUUUGCCAGUGGAGAGGGAGACUACAGCACCAGACAUGCAGCAUGUCCAGUGCUGGUUGGCAACAAGUGGGGUAAGGCCAAGUUUGCAUAUAAUAUCAUCUUGAGUACUGUCAUUGCUUGGGGAAAUUUAAAAACUUAAAUGAUCAAGAGUCAUUAAAAAUGUGAUAAGGAGAGUAAACAUUUGUGCUGAGUAUCAAGUAAAGAGCUGGAUUGUUUGUAUUUAUGAUCUUUGUUCUGCUUUUAGUAUCGAACAAAUGGAUCCAUGAACGAGGCCAGGAGUGGCGGCGGCCUUGUGGCCUAAAUGAAACAGAAUGAUUGAAACAAAAAGAAGCCUCUCCACCAUCUUCCCUACUCACCUCUCCUCUUCCCUGUGAACCACCCAGGACCACAGAACACUACUGCAGACACAGAUGAUACAUACAGUACAUAUUCAGAGGGUCAAAAUGUCUCUCAUUCACUCCACACUGACUCCUUUUUUCCCUAGCUGUAAAACUCUAAUCUACUUGUUUUAGUUCAUGUCAAUCCUCUGGACAGUAUUAGUAUUGUUGAGGGAUGUAAGGAGCUCUAGGUUUGUUGAAUGAUUUUGAGAAACACUCUAGCCCUCCUCACUCUCCCAUGUGUUGUUCUUUGCACUCUGUAUGAACUCUGUGGUCAUGUAAUCCCUCAAUACUGUCUGUAGGGACCAGCUCCUUCUUGUUAAGUGACCUUAAAUGUGCAGGGGGCUUCCUUUCAUUUUAUAAAGAGAGCACUCGGGUCUGUGGUUUUUUUAAAAAGUUAAAGAUUUGUACAUUUUACUGACUAUAGCUGAGAAUUUCACACAUUAAAACCUGUUUGUUUUUCUUUAACUGGCUUAUUUUUAAAUGGACUUACGCUCCUUGCUUGCGUACCCCUUACAUGGGUUUCACAGAAUUUGUCUGUGUAUGUGUGGUUUUAAUCUGUUAUAAAAAUAACCUUCAGUCAAAAACUAAGUGCUCCUUAUCGAACGAAAGGCUUCCCCUUUGUAGAGAAGUCAGACAUCCAGUAAAAGGGAGAAUCUGACUACAGCCCAGAGAAGUAUUUUGCUCAAGAAAAAAAUCACUCCAUUUUCUGUGAGAUAUCAGCGCGAGUCUUCGGUCAUACUGCACACUUUUGGACAAAUCCUUUUCCUUGUUGGUCUGCCUCAAAGCAAUAGUGUUUGUAAGGUUUUAUUCAUUCUAAUGGUAACAAGACAUUCUGUUGGAUUUAUACUUAAAUGUCCUUUUUUGUACUCAGACAAGCAAAUUACAAAACGUAUUUUCACACCUUGACACAGAUGAAUCACACAUUUUCAUUCACAUAAAACGCAUUAUUUCGUUUUGCAACGUAUACUUGUUCAUCUUGACUAUUCCGGUGUUUUCUAUGGACCUGCACUGAAUUCGCAAAGCACCCAAGACAAGCACGUUGAGUAUGGUUAAAAUGUUCUAGACACACAACAUUGUGCCUAUGGGAGAUUUUAAAACCCACUUUUUUUUUUUUAAAGGAUAAUCAAUUUGGGUUAAACAUCUGGGAUGGCUAUGGUUUUUCAGUGAAAGAAUAUAUGAGUUUUCCAUGGAAGAAAUUUUCUAUUUAUAUGUCCCAAGCAAGUUUUGUGUUGUUUUAUUUUCUAAACAAAAGUCUGAAAUUGUUGUUUUUCUACAAUAAAGACUGUGUUAUUGGUCUGAAGUCAAAAAA